AUGGAAAACUUUCUAGUCCCCAUUCGACGAAAGCCCGGUGUCCAUCGACCUGGCCUGCUCUCAGACCUAGAAAGAAAACUUACGGCGGAAGGUUGCGCUGUUCUCUGUGGCGAAGGCGGUACUGGCAAGACACAGCUGGCCUUUGACUUCUGUUCCAAGUAUAAUACAGACCAUCCAGAUGCCCUCGUUCUUUGGAUCAGUUCGGAGACAAGGCCUUAUCUAGAAGAGCGAUUGAGAGAGAUUUCCGGGCAUCUUUCCAUUGUCGACCAGACCAAUAUCUCGGAAAGUGUUGCAAGUUGGCUUCGAUUGCACUCGCAAAAUGACUGGGUCCUGGUUCUUGACGACGUUGGGAAUGAAUUCCAAACUUCGAGCGCAGAAUCCAACGACGGCACAUCAUUUCCCUCGUCAACUAUUCUCUUCCGCACCUUCAGAGGAGAGACGAAGACUCUGGAAGAAAACUUGACCAAUGCAUUGAAAUCUAAGGAGGCUCAAGUUAUUCUGUUAUAUCCAACACUAAAUGAUUCGUUACAAAUCUUCAAGCAACAUUGCCCAAACAUUCCAUGGGAGGCAAGGGUUGCGGAACAGGUUACAACGUCUUUGGAAUUCUCACCGUUGGCUAUAUCAAUAGCAGCUGCAUACAUGGAGGACAACGGCAUCACCUUAAGCGAAUAUCUUGACUUAUUUCGGCAAUACAACCUAAGUUCUACUCCAUCUACUUUCUCUACUUCCGUCGCACGCGCUUUGGUGGUAUCCCUCGGACAGUUGCAGUCCGAGAGACCUCAAGCAAUAGGCAUCUGCAAACUUAUGGCAGUGUUAGACCGCCAAUCUGUUGUCGAGAGCCUUCUCUUCUAUGAUCGCAAAGGCCAAAACGCUCGGAAUUUCUACGGAUCGCUAAGAAAAUUGGAUUCAUUGUCGUUGGUUCACAAGGCUGUGCGAAAUCACCAUUACUCGAUGCACCGCUUGGUUCGGGAUUUCUUCGUUGAGUACCUCGAGAACGAAGGGAAAUUGGAGACACAGCAACAGUCUGCAAUUGAACUAUUAUCCGAAAGAUACCCAUUCGGCGACCAGAGUUUUUGGACUGUGUGUCGUGCGUACAACCCUCACGCUGAAAAGGCUAUCAAGUUCGAAGGUCCGGACGCGUGGCCAAGGGCAGUGUUGACGAGGAACAUGGCGGCUUACCAGCGAAACUGCGGCAAUUUUGGUGCUGCUUACGCACUCUAUAAAAGGGUACUGCAGAUUUACGCCUCCAAUGCACCUCUUUCAGCAAAGCAAGAAGAUCUGAUGGUGGGCCUUUCUUUAGGGGUAGUUGAGAUGCUUGGUAAGAUGUCUCAAUUCGACGCCGGCGAAAAACUCUUGCAAGACACCAUGGGUAAAAUGAAAUCAGAGGUGGAGCCAGGACACCCGCAACUGAUACAUGCAAGGAAUCUCCAAGCCUGGUUCUGUUACUGGAGAGGUCAGCAUGCAGAGGCAGAACGCCUGUGGCGGCUAUGUCUAAAAGACAAUAACGAAAUCCACUACGAAACCCAUGUGGAGUCCUUGAUAUUCGAAUCGAACAUCACAACUGCUCUCAUCGAGCAAGAGAAAUACGCGGAAGCAGAAGAGCUUCUUGCUCAGACAAUUCGGGGCCGCAUUUCCGUUCGAGGAAAUGACCACCCUGACACCAUCCAGAGCCAGCAAAUUCUUGCGGCCCUCUACCAAGAACAAGGCAAAUACACCAAGGCGGAAGAGUUGUACCAGGAAAUUUUAAAGACCGCCAAUAGGGUCCAGGGUUCCGAACACCCUGAUACUCUGACCAUCGUGAGCAACUUGUCGAAGAACCUUUCGGCACUCGGGCGAUUUUCAGAGGCUGAAGUGAUGCAGUGGCGCUUGCUGGCUUCCAGAGAACGCCAAUUUGGUUCCGAGCAUGAGCAAGUUGUACUCUCAAGGAUCAACCUAGCCAUCACACUGGAGAAGUUAGGAAAGUAUUCUGUGGCCGAGGAACAGAAUCGACUUGCCCUUGUCGCGCAGAAAAAGUUAUUUCAUGCCGACACUCAUCCGACCACGUUGAACAUCGAGAAUACCCUGGGCCUCUUAUUACUAAGGCAAGGUAAAUUUGAAGAAGCAGAGCCAAUAGUCAGGGAGGUGUUGAGAAAAAGACGAGAGACACUGGGCGUGGAACAUAGGGAUACUUUGACUAGCCAAAACAAUCUCGCUGGCACGUUGAUGAAGCAAAAGAAGUAUGAGGAGUCGAAAACCUUAUUUGCGAACACUCUAGAAACGGCAAAAAGGAUUCUAGGAGAAGAGAAUGCCUUCACAUUGAGAUUGAUGAAUAAUCUUUCAGAGGUCAUGAGACAAGGUAGUUUCGAAGUUUCGGAGAACGAGAGGCAGAGCGUGCGCCUCGAAGCUUUGGGGUUGCAGAGAACUGCACUUGCUGGGAGGAUCAAGAUCUUCGGAGAAGACCACCCUGACGUUUUCACGAGUGAAUGUAAUCUGGCACGCCUUCUCCAUGAUAUGGAGAGAUGUAUUGAAGCAAGGCAAUUGUACGAGAAAGCUGCAGAAGGAUUAGGGAGCAAGUUGGGUAAAGAUCAUCCUAUGACGAUCGAGUGCGAAACGAACUUCGCGGUUUGCAAAAGUCAUCGCUAGAACGAGAAGUUGCUUUGCUUUGAGACUCACGAUUUCACUUCUCAU